AUUCUUGGAGUGGCCCCCCCAUCAAAAAUUAUUGCCAACCCUUGAUUUUAAAGCAAUCCUUUAUGGGAGUUCUAUGGAGAUGCUGUUCUCAGGCCAUGUUGGAACAUGUGAAUAACUCUCACUACUUUCUCUACCUCAUACAAGGAAGAAAUGUGAUUGUAAUUAGAGAGAUUGUUGUUUACCCACAAGGCACCAUUGAGAAGAAAUCAAUAUUUUCUACACUUUCUCAUUUAAAUUUAAGGUAUUCUUUUAUUAUCAGUAAUUUGAUUAUUGUACAGAAACAUAGAGAGCCAGAGAAUCUUUAAUGCAGUUCAGGCUCUGAAAUGUUAUGUUGGCAGGUAUUUGGUAUUAUUUUCUAGCUGGCAGAUAUUUUAUGAUGAUUCUUACUGAAUUGGGUAUGUGAUGGUGUCCAGAUCUUGAUAUAGAUUUUACAUUGAUCUAAGUUAUUACAGGGAGAUAAACCUCCGAGACCUUUAAAUGAAACCAUUCAAACAUAAUGCUUAAUAUGCUCUUAAACUUCCUCUGCAAGUGUAUGUACAGUGUAAAAAUGCAUAGGAAAAAAUUGCCAUUUAGUUUACAAAUGGUCUCACAUGUCUUUUGGUUCUUGUUCCAAAUAGUAAAGUAGUGCAAACUAGAUAGAUAAGACUAAUUUUAUUCUCUGUUUUUUUGUACAGUUCUCUGUAUCCAUUAGGAAAUCAGUCUUAAAAGAAAAACUGGCCUUGAUAAGUUAAGACUGUACUAACAGGUUUGCUGAAUUGACACUUUUAAAGCCUUACCUUCUCCCAAUAUCUUAGCUUGGUCAGCAGACAGACACUAUGAGGAGACUGGCUUUUCGUGGUGCUGGUUGUACUCUGGUAAAUCUGAAGAAGUUGGAUUCCAUGGGUUCCAAGAGACGAAGGGCUACUUCUCCGUCCAGCAGCAUCAGUGGGGGAGAUUUUGAUGAUGGUCACCAUUCAACAAAUAUACCAGGCCCAAGCAGGAAAAGGAGGAGACUUUCCAAUCUCCCGACUGUAGAUCCUAUUGCUGUGUGCCAUGAACUAUACAACACUAUCCGAGAUUACAAAGAUGAACAGGGCAGGCUCUUAUGUGAGCUUUUCAUUAGGGCACCAAAACGAAGAAAUCAGCCAGACUACUAUGAAGUGGUUUCUCAGCCUAUUGAUUUAAUGAAAAUCCAACAAAAGCUAAAAAUGGAAGAAUAUGAUGAUGUGAACCUACUGACAGCUGACUUUCAGCUACUAUUUAACAAUGCAAAGGCUUACUAUAAGCCAGAUUCACCUGAAUAUAAAGCUGCCUGCAAACUGUGGGAUUUGUAUAUGCGCACAAAGAAUGAGUUUGUUCAGAAAGGCGAUGCUGAGGAGGAGGAGGAAGAGGAUGAAGGGCAUGACAAUCAAGGGGCAGUUUCUGAAGUAUCUUCUCCAAGCUACUUGAAAGAGAUUCUUGAACAGUUGCUUGAAGCUGUAGCCAUAGCCACCAAUCCAUCAGGGCGUCUCAUAAGUGAGCUGUUUCAGAAACUUCCUUCUAAAGUGCAAUAUCCGGAUUAUUAUGCAAUAAUUAAAGAACCCAUAGAUCUUAAGACUAUUGCCCAGAGGAUACAGAAUGGAAGUUAUAAAAGCAUUCAUGCAAUGGCCAAGGAUAUAGAUCUGUUAGCAAAGAAUGCCAAAACGUACAAUGAGCCUGGAUCUCAAGUAUUUAAGGAUGCAAAUGCGAUUAAAAAAAUAUUUAAUAUGAAAAAGGCUGAAAUUGAACAUAAUGAACUGACUAAGUCAAGUCUUCGAAUCAGGUACAGCAGGACUCCAUCAAAUUUGGCAGCUUCCAAACUGACAGGUCCUUCCUCACAGGGUAAAGGCAGUGUUGGUGAUGAGAGAAAUUCUACUAACAAAUAUUACCGUAACAAAAGAUCAGUCCAAGGGGAUCGUUUAUCUGCAAUAACUAUGGCAUUGCAAUAUGGAUCAGAAAGUGAUGAGGAUGCUGCUUUGGCUGCCGCUGCUCGUUAUGAAGAAGGAGAGUCUGAAGCAGAGAGCAUCACUUCCUUUAUGGAUACUUCUAACCCUCUUUAUCAGCUUUAUGAUACAGUUAGAAACUGCCGGAAUAACCAGGGUCAGCUUAUAUCCGAGCCCUUCUUCCAUUUGCCUUCCAAAAAAAAGUAUCCUGAUUAUUAUCAGCAAAUCAAAAUGCCUGUGUCCUUGAAGCAAAUCAGAACCAAACUGAAGAACCAUGAAUAUGAAACUUUAGACCACUUGGAGUGUGAUCUGAACUUAAUGUUUGAAAAUGCCAAACGUUACAAUGUUCCUAAUUCAGCCAUCUAUAAGAGAGUACUGAAAAUGCAGCAAGUUAUGCAGGCAAAGAAGAAAGAACUAGCUAGGAGAGAUGACAUUGAAGACGGAGAUAGCAUGAUCUCUUCUGCCACGUCUGACACUGGAAGUUCAAAAAGGAAAAGUAAAAAGAAUAUAAAGAAGCAACGAAUGAAAAUCUUAUAUAAUGUUGUUAUUGAAGCUCGAGAACCUGGCACAGGCAGAAGACUCUGUGAUCUAUUUAUGGUUAAACCCUCCAAAAAGGACUAUCCAGAUUAUUAUAAAAUCAUUUUGGAGCCAAUGGAUUUAAAAAUUAUUGAGCAUAACAUCCGCAGUGAUAAAUACUCAGGGGAGGAGGCUAUGAUAGAAGACAUGAGGCUAAUGUUCCGAAAUGCGAGGCACUAUAACGAGGAAGGCUCACAGGUAUAUAAUGAUGCCCAUAUCCUAGAGAAGAUUCUAAAAGAAAAAAAGAAAGAGCUGGGACCUCUUCCUGAAGAUGAUGAUAUUGCUUCCCCUAAACUAAAGCUAAGUCGAAAAAGUGGUAUUUCCCCUAAGAAAUCAAAAUACAUGACUCCAAUGCAACAGAAACUGAAUGAGGUAUACGAAGCAGUGAAGAAUUACACAGAUAAACGAGGGAGGCGAUUAAGUGCCAUCUUCCUGAGGCUCCCAUCUCGAUCAGAACUUCCUGACUAUUAUGUAACCAUUAAAAAGCCCGUUGACAUGGAAAAGAUAAGAAGUCAUAUGAUGGCCAACAAGUAUCAGGACAUUGAUUCCAUGGUAGAAGACUUUGCAAUGAUGUUCAAUAAUGCCUGCACUUACAAUGAGCCAGAGUCUCUGAUUUAUAAAGAUGCUCUUGUCCUACAUAAAGUUUUGCUUGAAACUAGAAGAGACAUAGAAGGUGAUGAGGAUUCUCAUGUACCCAAUGUAACAUUACUCAUCCAAGAACUUAUCCAUAACCUUUUUGUAUCUGUAAUGAGUCAUCAGGAUGAUGAGGGCAGGUGUUACAGUGACUCCUUGGCUGAAAUCACAAACAAAACACCUUUGACUUUUGAUAUUAUCCGAAAGAAUGUAGAAAAUAAUCGCUACAGGAGACUGGACUUGUUUCAAGAGCAGAUGUUUGAGGUGCUAGAGAGGGCAAGAAGGAUGAACCGGACUGAUUCCGAGAUUUAUGAGGAUGCUGUGGAACUUCAGCAGUUCUUUAUUAAAAUCCGCGAUGAGCUCUGUAAGAAUGGAGAGAUUCUUCUGUCACCAGCACUCAGCUACACCACCAAGCAUCUUCACAAUGAUGUAGAAAAAGAAAGAAAAGAAAAGCUCCCCAAAGAAUUGGAGGAGGAUAAACUCAAAAGAGAGGAAGAGAAGAGAGAAGCUGAAAAGAGUGAAGAUUCUGCUGGGGGAGCCGGUCUGUCGAGCUUGCAUCGGACUUACAGCCAAGAUUGCAGCUUUAAGAACAGCAUGUACCAUGUGGGGGAUUAUGUCUAUGUGGAACCUGCAGAAGCCAACCUACAACCUCAUAUAGUCUGCAUUGAACGAUUAUGGGAAGAUUCAGCUGGGGAAAAAUGGUUGUAUGGCUGCUGGUUUUAUCGACCAAAUGAAACAUUCCAUCUUGCAACACGAAAAUUUCUGGAGAAGGAAGUUUUUAAGAGUGACUACUAUAAUAAAGUUCCCGUUAGCAAAAUUCUAGGCAAAUGUGUGGUAAUGUUUGUUAAGGAAUAUUUUAAAUUAUGUCCAGAAAACUUUAGAGAUGAGGAUGUGUACGUCUGUGAGUCACGUUACUCUGCAAAGACAAAGUCUUUUAAGAAGAUUAAACUGUGGACCAUGCCCAUUAGCUCUGUAAGAUUUGUCCCUCGAGAUGUACCCCUGCCUGUGGUCCGUGUCGCUUCUGUGUUUGCUAAUACAGACAAAGUGGAAGAUGAGAAACACACCGAAACCUUAGAGGAUAAUAAAGUGGGAGACGGUAUCCUUAGUCUUGAAAAGGAGAAAGAAGAUGUUCCAGUGGAAAUGUCAAAUGGAGAACCUGGUUGCCACUACUUUGAACAACUCCGUUAUAAUGAUAUGUGGCUUAAGGUUGGGGACUGUGUCUUUAUAAAGUCACAUGGCUUAGUGCGACCUCGGGUUGGCAGAAUUGAAAAGAUGUGGGUACGGGAUGGAGCUGCAUAUUUCUUCGGCCCAAUCUUCAUACACCCAGAAGAAACUGAACAUGAACCAACUAAAAUGUUCUACAAGAAGGAAGUAUUUUUGAGUAACCUUGAAGAGACGUGUCCCAUGACGUGCAUUCUAGGAAAAUGUGCUGUGUUGUCAUUCAAGGAUUUCCUGUCUUGUAGACCAACAGAGAUCUCUGAAAAUGAUGUUUUACUGUGUGAGAGCCGCUACAAUGAAAGUGACAAACAGAUGAAAAAAUUUAAAGGGCUUAAGAGGUUUUCACUGUCUGCAAAAGUAGUGGAUGAUGAAAUUUACUACUUUAGAAAACCUAUAGUUCCUCAGAAGGAGCCAUCUCCACUGCUGGAGAAAAAGAUUCAGCAACUAGAAGCAAAAUUUGCUGAAUUGGAAGGGGGCGACGAGGACAUUGAAGAGAUGGCAGAAGAAGAAGGUGAAAUCAUCGAAGCACCAUCUAUGCCUCAGCUUCAGACUCCCCUGUCAAGUGAACUGGAUAUAAUGCCAUACACUCCACCACAGUCCACUCCAAAGUCUGCCAAGGGCAGCACAAAGAAGGAGGGAUCAAAAAGGAAGAUCAACAUGAGUGGGUACAUCCUAUUUAGCAGUGAGAUGAGAGCUGUAAUUAAAGCUCAGCACCCAGACUACUCCUUUGGAGAGCUCAGCAGGCUUGUAGGAACUGAAUGGAGAAACUUGGAAGCAGCCAAGAAAGCAGAGUAUGAAGAGCGGGCAGCUAAAGUUGCUGAGCAGCAGGAGAGAGAACGAGCAGCACAGCAACAGCAGCAGAAUUCCUCCCCCCGGGCAGGCACUCCUGUUGGGGCUCUUAUGGGGGUGGUGCCGCCACCAACACCAAUGGGAAUGCUCAAUCAGCAGUUGACACCUGUUGCAGGCAUGAUAGGUGGCUAUCCGCCAGUGCUGCCACCUUUGCAGGGCCCAGUUGAUGGCAUUGUUAGCAUGGGCAGCAUGCAGCCACUUCACCCUGGGGUGCCCCCACCCCACCAACUUCCGCCAGGUAUGCCAGGCAUCCCAGGCAUCCCACCACCGGGUGUUAUAGGUCAGAGCGUGCCUUCCAUGGUAGGCGCUCCGGCACCAGGAGGAAGUCCCUUUGGACAACCGAUUGGAAUGCUUGGGCCACCUGGCCAGCAGGCCCCACCUCCAUAUCCUGGCCAGAGCCAAGCAAGCCAGCCAGUUAUACAGCAGCCCACAACUCCAAUGUUUGUCUCCCCUCCACCAAAGACCCAGAGGCUUCUUCAUUCUGAGGCCUACCUGAAAUAUAUUGAGGGGCUUAGUGCUGAAUCAAAUAGUAUUAGCAAGUGGGACCAGACUCUUGCAGCACGAAGACGUGAUGUCCAUCUAUCCAAAGAACAAGAGAGCCGUCUUCCUUCACACUGGUUGAAAAGUAAAGGGGCCCAUACCACAAUGGCAGAUGCAUUGUGGCGUCUUCGAGAUUUGAUGCUACGAGACACCCUUAAUAUCCGUCAAGCAUACAACAUAGAACAUGUUUAAUCACAUACAUUGUUUUUUUCUUUGAUACCAACAUAUAAGGAGUUUUGUGGAACAAUAGCUGUUUUAGGGAUGGGAAAAAUAACCAACAAUUUUUAUUGCAUUUUGCUGUACAUUGCAAGACCAUUUUUUAUAUAAGGACAUUUUUAAUAUGCAUAUUUCACUUUUGUUAUGUUAAGUUGUCAUUAAUACACAGACUUUUGCAUAUGUUCCCUCUGUUUGAAAAGCAAUUUCAUAUUUGAUAAGUGUAGUCAAAGUUUCAUCUUUCUUGUACUUAUUACUGAGAAUCUGAUGCCAUCAUUUUUUGUAUAAAAAAGUUAAAAACAAAACAAAUAAGUGUUUACAAAUUAGUUUAAAAAUGCAAUGGAACGUGAAAUUAGUCAUAGUUUACCUCAUAGAAGAAUGUGUGUACAUGUGCUUAUGUGUGUUCUCCUCCUCCAGCAGAAAUAACAGUUGGCUGUGAACUGAAAAGCUUUAUGUAAAUAAAAGUAAAGGGUGCAUCAACUAGCAACAGCUGGAUCUGUGAUUAACUACCAAUGCAGCUCCACUGAUCGUAGCAACAGUGGGACGGCUAGUGUAAAAAGGACACAGAUAUACUUACUGCAGUGUUGUCCAAAUGUGUCUAACUAUUGGAUGAUGUCGACAGUGGCUACUGAAAUCCCAGAUCAUUAACAGAAUACACAAACUGAAUGCGUAUGAAGAUGAAAUGAUGAAUGAAGAUCUGUCAAGAUCUGCAUUCAGGGUGCUGAGACAUUGCUUACACCUUAAUGCAGUGUAAGGAACUGCAUUCCUUGCAUGGGUUCAGGUACAUUAAAAUUUGCAUGAGAAAUGCAGGACAUUAAUUUAAUUUAGGUUUUGGAAGGUAAAUAAAAGGAGAGGGGAAGACUGCAGCUGUUUGAUUUUUAAAAUGAUUUUAAAAUCUGUUCUGUUACUGAUUUGGUAUGGUAAGAUUUGUGUAUGCUUUUCGGUUCACUGUAAUGAAAGUCAUGUGGCUAAAGAGAAAUUUAACACAUAAUUCUAGCUUUAAAAUUAAAUAAUUCAGUGUGUGUAAAAUCACUACAGUGUUCACCAGGGUUUAUAGAUAGGCGAGAACAGGCUAUUUGCAUUGCAUUUUUUUUUCUUCUUCAUCACUAUGGUAUGGUGUGUUCUAUCCACAAUUCAGGGCUGUGACUUCCUGUUCAGGACUUAUCAGACAGUUAAAAACAAAUUAAUAAGCUUUUUGACUGCAAAGUUAUCAGAGCCCAAUUCUUUUAUGAUUCAUUUGUUUUAAAAGAAUGAUUUUGGUGAGCAGCUAACAAAAAAAUGGAAAUAGCAAAAUUAUUUAAUCUUUUAGUCCUAAUCGACUGAUAUUUUCUCAUCUAACAUUAGAGUGAAAUAUUCAUCAUGAGGAAAUGUAUUUUUAAAAGCACUGGAAUAGAAAAAGUUUCCUUAAGUACAAUAUGCAAAUUUUCACUUUAAAAUACUCAACAGUUCUGUGACACGCUUUGUAGUGAUGAAGAAAAUGUGAUGUGCAAGUAUAAAUUGUGAUUGAUCUUACGCUAUUUGUUAAAUUUUUCAGUAAUUACAGAGAACAUUCUUCAUAUUUUCUAAUAGGCAUUUAAAGGUCCAGGUCUUCAUAUGUGAUACUAGUAUGAAGUAAAUGGAAACAGUAUGGAGAGAGAGAAAGAAAUGAUUUGUAAAGUUGAGCCCUACAAGUAAGACAACUAUGGUACAUAUAUCCUUUGUUUAGAUUACUGCCAUUUGUAAUCAACCAACUCUAAAUUUAAAUUUAGUGUAAAACAUUUUACAAAUAUUUUAAACCUCCAGUGUGUACAGUAUCAUUUUAAUGUACAUUUAAAUGACCAUAAGCUUUGCAGUUUUUAGCAACAAAACCAGGACAGUGAGCUCAAUCAGAGAGGCAGCAAGUCCUAGGUUUUGAGUGUUAAGAACCAUCAUGUACUGUGUUACUACAAUCAGAUUCUCUUAUUGCUAGAUAUUAACAAUUACACCAAAGAGCCUGGAAUUAAUUUUAGUUAAGUUAUUUUUUUAUUUAUUUUUAAUUUUUCUUUCGGGCACUGGAUGGGACUCCCUUUGGAAUCUGUACAUCUCAUUCUUUGUCAGAAAGGUCAGUGUUGAACAAUCUGCAGCAUUGCCUCUUUCCUGCCGUAGGGAGCCUUCACCACUCCUCCUGGCCCAGGAGCAAGAGAUUGGAUUUGUAAACCAAAUCUGUGUCUCCGGCAUGGUAGUGCAGCGCACUGCCAUGAGGCCACUGGGCUGGCCCUAAUCAAUUUAUAUUAAACUUUUUAUUUAUUUCAAAAUCAUGUCUCUGUAUAGUGCAAGCAUUUCAGUGGAGAAUGCAGUAAAAUUUAGGAUUUAAGGUUUAAUGGCUACAGUCUA